AUGCUUUCAGGAUCCACCAUUAGCUCUAUUGUUGCUGUUGCCCUUGUCUUUGCCCUUCCGGCGAAGGCAGCACCUCGGCAAAUGGUGAGACGCUCAACGCCCGAGCUCAGCCUCACAGCUCAACUACAAAUUGCGGAUACUGCCAUCGACCGUUACAAGCUUCUCUCGAAGGACGAAGAUUUUGUAUUCGACUUCACCAACAACUCUAUGCCGAUCGCCAACCGUGAGACUUUUCCCACUUUGGUUGGCUCAGGAAUGUCCUUCAGUGUUGGCCAGCUGCCAGCAUGCAGCAUGGUCUACCUCCAUCUCCACCCUCGUGCCACAGAGCUCUUCGUGCUGAAUUCUGGGCGUGUCCUCACCCAGAUGGUGCCUGAAGCGGGCGUGCUUGACUCUGACGGCAAACAACGAGUCAUCAACACGGAACUGGGCCCCGGCAAGAUGACCAUCUUCCCAGCCGGUUCGUUUCACACGCAGGUGAACCCGGAUUGUGAACCAGCCAACUUCACGGCAGCGUUCUCGGCAGAGGACUUCGGCUUUGGCUUGGUCGCUCAGCAGACAUUCUCUCUGAGUGAUGAUGCCAUUGCUGCCACGUUUGGGCAGAGCAUUGCUGGAGAGGAUAUCGACAAAGUUAGGGAUGCUAUUCCGAAGGACGCAGUGAUCAAGGUUGAGCAGUGCUUGACCAAGUGUGGUAAGCAGAAGCGUCACACUUGA